AUGGGCUUUGAUGACGUACGAUGUCACGACACCAAAGGCGCCUUCGCCACCUCCCCGCAGAGCCCAAAACUAGUAGCUGUUCUUUUUCUCAGUCGCAGUGAUGAAUCUACCAUCAGGCGUCACGGCGUCGAUGCUGAGGACCUGAUCGGCAGCAAGACCGUACAAUGGGCUGACAGGGGAGUGCCCGCCGCCGGCAAUGUAGCCUCCCCCGAAGCCGACAGUCUUGCCCUCUCCACCAACCAUGCGCAUCUACCCAAGAGAUCGGCCGUUGAAGUCGUGACCGGUAUUUUUGACCACAAGGCGCAAGUUUUGAGUGCGGGCGAAGUUGACCGCAAGCUGUAUCUGGGCUACGUUGGCCGCUUCAACGACAUACUCUGGAUAUCCUCCCAAUGUACAAUUGGUGGAAUCAGUUCCCGGAAGGGAGGCAUGUGA